UAGGCAGUUAUAGUACACAUGUAGUUCAUGGUCGCGACGACGACUGGCGUGAUAAUCUGCUUAGUAGCAGCUUUGUUUUCAUUUGCGAUCCCGCCAUUGCUGAUUAAAAGCUUAUUACGCUAGCUGUGCGUCGUAAGUCGUAAGGCAGCCACACAACCUAACACACUAUUGCUCAAACAACGUUUGAUGCGGUUGGACGUGCUGUAGUCCUGCGAUUCGCAUCGUUUGUGCAAAUGUAAAACAAAUAAGAAACUAAUCGAUGGAGAAUACUGCGUCCAACAAUGGCUUGUUAGACAUCAACUGGACUAAGGAUGAUUUUGGCAACAUUAUACGGAAAAUUUCCGAAUGCAGUGAGAGCCCGGCGUUUAGCUCCAGAUAUCCGGUCAACGAUCUGCAGAAUGAUUUACCGAAUGAAAUUUCGGCGCCGUACGAGGUGCCGCAGUUCCCUAUCGAGCAAAUUGAAAAGAAACUCGCCAUUCAGAGGCAAAUAAAUGUCAAGGUUUUCGAAGAUCGCAAGUCUCACUACGAGCCAUCCGUGGGUGCUCCCGAUGAUAUCACCAAAGCGACUCUGGAUGAACAUGAUUUCGUGCCUCAUUUCCAACGGGUAUCCAUUUCAGGAGAGGAUACCAGUGGGGUCCCCCUUGAAGACUUGGCACUUGCUUCUAAGUUGCUGGUAGAUGCCUUACGGAUUCGUCAGCGUUACAUGGCCGUAUCCCACCAAAGUUUCGCCGCUACCACGUCCCGUUUUCUUAACCCCGACCACGAUCACGACCUGCUCCAUCACGAUGACAAGCAAACAAUUGAAGUAGAACCGCGUGAAGACGCCGAGAGCCUUCUCGAGAUCUUCGACAUGGAAGAUUACAGCUUAUCUUCGUUGCGUGGCCGAGCUGAUAGCUUUUUCGAAGAGCAUCCAAUUCAUCCGCCGUCUGGCAGUGCGAAUCCCUGGGUAGCCCCUGAUGUUGAAGAUGACUGCAACUACAGAUUCAAAUCGCAUAGGGGUGUCUUUCACGUUUUUGCCAGCGAUGAAGCACUUGCCGAAGAUAAGCAGUGCGACUAUCCUUAUCCGGACUUGGAUCAGUUCGUCACCGACAUGAAUACCAUGUGUAACAUGAUUGCCGACGGACCAUUAAAAUCAUUCUGCUAUCGACGACUGAGUUAUCUUUCCUCUAAAUUUCAACUGCACGUCCUUCUCAACGAGCUACGCGAGCUGGCUUCGCAGAAAGCAGUGCCCCAUCGCGAUUUCUACAACAUAAGAAAGGUCGACACGCAUAUUCACGCCGCGUCCUGCAUGAACCAGAAGCACCUACUGCGUUUUAUCAAGAAGACACUCAAAAACCACGCCGACGAGGUGGUGACAAACAACAACGGCAAGAAAAUGACGCUCAAGGAGGUGUUUCAAAUUCUAAUGACUGUUUGCUAUGGAAAGAAAGUUUCUUUCUUUGAUUUGCUUCAGUCGAUGAAUCUUACCACAUACGACCUCACCGUCGACAUGUUGGACGUACACGCCGAUCGCAACACGUUUCAUCGCUUUGAUAAGUUCAACGCCAAAUACAACCCCAUUGGCGAAAGCAGGCUGCGAGAAGUCUUCCUUAAGACGGACAAUUACCUCAACGGGAAGUACUUUGCUCGUAUUAUCAAGGAAGUCGCGAGUGAUUUGGAGGAAUCAAAGUAUCAGAAUGCGGAGCUACGUCUGAGCAUUUACGGCAAGAGUCGCGAGGAAUGGGACAAACUAGCAAAAUGGGCCAUCGCUUCAGAUGUUUAUUCUGACAACGUUAGAUGGUUGAUUCAGAUACCUCGUUUAUUCGAUAUCUUCAAAUUGAACAACAUGAUGGAGCACUUCCAGGAGAUCCUGACCAAUAUUUUCUUACCACUAUUGGAAGUCACUGCAGUGCCAUCGUCGCACCCGGAACUGCACAAAUUCCUUCAGUAUGUCAUUGGCUUUGAUUCGGUGGACGACGAAAGCAAGCCAGAGAAUCCGCUCUUUGAGAAGGACAUCAAUUCACCGGACACAUGGAGCGACACCGAGAACCCGCCGUACGCCUACUACCAAUACUACAUGUACGCCAACAUUGCGGUGGUGAAUCAUUUCCGUGCCGAUCGCGGCCUCAACACAUUCGUGCUGCGUCCACAUUGCGGUGAAGCGGGGCCUGUGCAGCACUUGGUCUGUGGUUACAUGCUCUCCGAAAACAUCUCACAUGGUCUGUUACUGCGCAAAGUUCCCGUUUUGCAGUAUCUUUAUUAUCUGGCACAGAUUGGUAUUGCCAUGUCGCCACUUAGCAACAAUAGCCUCUUCUUGAACUACCACCGCAACCCAUUACCCGAAUAUCUCGCGCGCGGACUGUGUGUUUCGUUAUCCACGGACGACCCGCUGCAGUUCCACUUUACCAAGGAGCCGCUUAUGGAGGAGUACAGCAUAGCUGCGCAAGUAUGGAAGCUGUCCAGUUGUGACAUGUGCGAGCUUGCGAGGAACAGCGUGCUCAUGUCGGGCUUCCCACACAAGAUGAAGCAGUACUGGUUGGGGCCCAACUACACCAAGGAGGGCGUCGCCGGCAACGACAUCACGAGGACCAAUGUGCCCGACAUUCGCGUCGCCUUUCGCUACGAGACGCUCAUUGACGAGCUGAACAAUAUCUUCAAAACCACCCAUUCCAAUGUGAAGGAGUGAGCUAGAAGUCGAUCAGCCAGAUUUAUAUUAAUAGAACAGAGACCUGUUGAUUUACGUAACUACAUUUUUACAUUCGUCUAACUAUUUCGGUUUAAAAACACAUUUAUUUACAUUUUUAAAGAGUUUAAUGUACUUAGUGAGAAAUAUUAAGUAAAAAGUAAGCGUUGCAGUGAUAA